AUGUCGCAGAUUCUUAUUUUGAGGAAACAACUCAGUGAUGAGUUUGAGAUGAAAGAUCUUGGUGCAGCAAAGAAGAUCUUAGGUAUGAAGAUCAGGAGGGACAGGAAAACUGGAACAUUAUAUCUCUCACAAAAGAGUUAUAUUGAAAAGGUACUUGAACGUUUUGAUAUGAAGAGGGCCAAGCCCGUUACGACUCCUUUGGCUCCUUACUUUAGGCUCUCGGCUUCAGAUUCACCUACAAGUGAGAACAAGAAGAAGGAGAUGACCCGAAUUCCAUACUCUAAUGCAGUAAGUAGCAUUAUGUAUGCUAUGAUUUGCACUCGUCCAGAAAUUGCCCAGGCAGUCAGUGUAACUGUUGCGCUCGUUGGAGAAAGUGGAAGUGGAAAAUCAACAGUUAUCAGCCUCCUCGAGAGAUUCUACGACCCCGACUCUGGCACAAUACUAUUAGACGGUACAGAAAUAAACAAGCUCAACCUGGAUUGGCUCAGACAACAAAUGGGUCUCGUGAGCCAAGAACCAGUACUAUUUGGAGGAACCAUAAGAUCCAACAUCGCCUAUGGAAAAAAAGGCGAAGUCACAGAAGAUGAAAUAACCGCUGCUGCUGAAGCAGCAAAUGCCCACCGUUUCAUAUCAAGCCUCCCUCAUGGCUACGAUACAAAUGUUGGAGAAAGAGGAGUUCAGCUCUCAGGAGGGCAAAAACAAAGAAUAGCUAUAGCCAGAGCAAUCAUUAAAAAUCCGAGAAUACUUCUUCUUGAUGAGGCUACUAGUGCUUUGGAUGCUGAGUCUGAGAGAGUAGUGCAAGAAGCUCUUGAUAGAGUGAUGAAGGGGAGGACUGCCGUUGUUGUUGCUCACCGGCUGUCGACUAUUCAGGGAGCGGAUAUUAUCGCUGUGGUCAAGAAUGGGGUUAUUGCAGAGCAAGGGAGGCAUGAGGAGCUCAUGCAGCUGAUGGCUACGCAAAUUAUGAUUAAAUAUAGACAUGGGGGGUCAUUGGACUUCGGAAGUAAUGUGGCAUAUAUUGGUGGUUCAGUUGAUGUUGAGUUUUGUGAUGCAGAAGAUAUUUCAUUAGAACAAUUGAAGAUUAGUGUUACAGAAUAUGGUUAUAACAAUGUCGGGAUGUUGUAUUAUUCUAUUCCUAGUGUAGGACUGGCUAGUGGAGGUUUAAAGCCUCUAAAUUCAGAUCAGGAUCUUGCAGAAAUGAUUGAGCAUGCAUUGAGGCACAGAGUGAUAGAAAUCUAUGCAAAUCACGAUGUUGACAUGCCAUUAGAAGUGAUAGAAGGUCCUACUUCAGUUGCUACAUCUCCUAAAAGAAAUAUUCCUAUGGUUAGGAGAAAGAAGUUAACACCCAAAAAAAGAGUAGAUGUAAAAGAGGGCCAAGUGAGUGUUUCAAACCCUACUAUUGAACCACUGUCAAUUCCCUCCAAAUCACCACUGCCCAGUCCCUCCAAUUCACCCCCUCACAAAUCUGCACAAACAUCUUCUAGUGAUGAUGAUGAUGACUCAGUGGAGGAUAAAAAUUUCAGGGUUGAUCCCACAGAGCCAUUGCAUGAUGAUGAUGGUGAAGAUAAGGAAUUAUUUUGA